AUGCAGAGUUUGCUGGCAGUUUCGAGCCCAACUACUUCCAGCAAGAAGAAACGAAGGAGACGCAGGAAAAGUGCAAGUCGUAACGAAAGCGCUUCGGGAAUAUCUAAUCCAAGUAUUAGUGACUAUUCAGGACCAAAUGAGGAGCGUUUUAUGGUAGGUCUCAAUGAAACAGAUGAAUUCAUCCGGUCUCUUAAGAAAACCGACAAAAGUUUACGCGAUUUCGAAUUUGACUGUCAUCAGGCUGCUCAACUAUUCUUCCAUGAAUCCAAUGAAACGCGCUUCCAAAUUCGUGGUUUCCUCCUUGACUACGAAAAUGACAUCAAGUUGCUAGCACCUUACAGUCCUUUCGUAGCUAGUGCUCUUCAGAUCUUGCCAUUGAUACAUGCCGAAAUGGCGCCCACAAUGCACUCCGCAGGUAUAUACGACCACUACAAUGAAAGGAAAGAAGAUGCGGCGGACUGUGCAGAACCUUCCAAAGGAGUAUAA